UGUCUCUGGGUAAAGGGCGGUUUGUGUUUGGCAAGAGCCCUGGGCCCGGGCCAGCUCUGCGCUCGUGGGAGGAGAGAUCGCUCCGAGCCGCGUCAGGGGAAGGGCUUGCGCCUGCUCGCGCUCGCUGCAGGAGAACGGCACAGAGAGAGGCUCCUCUGAAGCGUGAGCGGCCAUGGAGAGGAUGCAGCGGGUCGUCGGGCAGGCGAGAGCCGCCUUCAGGUCCGGCCGGUGCCGCUCGCUGGAGUUCAGGUUGCAGCAGCUGAAGGGCCUGGAGCGGAUGGUGCGGGAGAGGGAGCAGGAGAUCCUGGCAGCCAUCCAUGUGGAUCUGCACAAGAGCGGGCCCAACGCAUUCAACCAUGAGAUCCUGGGCUUGCUGGGGGAGCUGGCCCUGGCCAUGGACAAGCUGAAGUCCUGGGCAGCCCCCCAGCCCGUGAAGAAGAACCUGCUGACGCUGCGGGACGAGGCGUACAUCUGCCCCGAGCCGCUGGGGGUGGUGCUGAUCAUCGGCGCCUGGAACUACCCCUUUCUCCUGGUCAUGCAGCCUUUGGUGGGGGCCAUUGCAGCAGGCAAUGCUGCAGUGGUGAAGCCGUCGGAGAUCAGCGAGAACACGGCUCGGCUGGUGGCCGAUCUCCUCCCCCAGUACCUUGACCCGGAGCUGUACCCCGUGGUCACUGGAGGAGUACCUGAGACCACAGAGCUGCUCAAGGAGCGGUUCGAUCACAUCCUCUACACCGGCAACUCCGCCGUGGGCAAAAUCGUGAUGGCAGCGGCCGCCAAGCACCUGACGCCCGUCACCCUGGAGCUGGGCGGGAAGAGCCCCUGCUACAUCGACAAGGACUGUGACCUGACUGUCGCCUGCAGGCGGAUAACGUGGGGGAAAUACAUGAACUGUGGGCAAACGUGCAUUGCCCCGGACUACAUCCUCUGCGACCCGUCCAUCCAGAGCAAGGUGGUGGAGAACAUCAAGGCGACUCUGCAGGAGUUCUAUGGGGAAGAUGUGAAGUCGUCUCCGGAUUACGAAAGGAUCGUCAACAAGCGUCACUUCCAGAGGAUCGUGGGCCUGCUGAAGGGGCAGAAGAUCGCUCACGGGGGAGAGGCUGAUGAGGCCACCUGCUUCAUAGAACCGACCAUCCUCACCGACGUUUCUCCAGAGUCAAAGGUGAUGGAAGAGGAAAUCUUUGGACCGGUCCUUCCCAUUCUGACCGUGAAGAGCGUGGACGAAGCCAUUGAGUUCAUCAACUGUCGGGAGAAGCCCCUUGCCCUGUACGUCUUCUCCAACAACAAGAAGCUGAUCAGACGGGUGAUAUCGGAGACCUCCAGUGGCGGCAUGACGGCCAACGACGUCCUCAUGCACUCCCUCGUUCCACACAUGCCCUUCGGUGGUGUGGGGAACAGCGGGAUGGGCGCCUACCACGGCAAGCACAGCUUUGACACCUUCUCCCACCGCCGCGCCUGCCUGAUCAAGGACCUGAAGAUGGAGAGUACGAACAAACUGCGGUACCCUCCUGGCAGCCAGAAGAAGGUGGAUUUGGCCAAGUUCUUCCUCCUGAAGCGGUUUAACAAGGGCCGAGUGGCAUUGGUGAUCUUGGCCGUGCUGGGGAUCGUGGCAGCGGUGGUGGCAAAGAUGGUGUCCGCUGGAUGAGAGGGGUGACCAGCACCCAGCAGCAUGCCGGACCCGUAACCCAUCACUCACGCCUUGCAGUCCUCGUGCUGAACGUUCUUUUCUGCAAUUUCUUUUCUUCCGAGGCAGCCAACGCACUGAAGAGGUAGAAGCAAGUAAAACACACCUAAAGCAGAGAAGCUCUGACGUGGGCGUUCCUGUUGCUGCUGAAACUCCAGAAUUGAUGCAGACAUACAACUGGUCGUGCAGCAGCAGGUGGAAGGGGGCAGAAUCUGUCCCGCUCUGCAAACAUGAGCCCAGCUGAAAGCUCUUGCGGAAUCAUUUGCCACAAGGAUAUCAAAACAAAGCCAGUUGUUACUGAGCCCAUUGUCUACGUAAGGUCUCACAUGAUCCCCAUCAAAAGCUGUUUCACAACGUUAAGCCUAACAAGGUGUGGGUCUUACUGGUGGGGACAGUCCAGGCUCGUUGUCCCCAGCAGAGAGGGAAAGAGCCUCUGGGAGCCUGCAGCAUCCCAGCCUUGACAGGACUCUCGACAGGGUGAUGUCUCAUUGUAGGGGACCGACAUGUGCACAGGCUCCCUGAGGUGACAACCAAAGUCUUCUGAACGGUGGCCACACUCUGCCCAAGGACUCAAGGAGCACCAGGGAGUGUGGCACUGCUGGUGCACUGUGUUUGGGGCUGCUGGGGACAACAACAGGGGCAUUAGUGUGAUCAGAGCCCCAGGUCUGGGAAGUCCUUGGUCUGAGCAGCCAGCCGUCUCAUCUGUAAUUUAAUUUUGAUUUUUUUACUGGUUUACUGGUGGGCUUUUACCUCUGAACGUGUAACUGACGGCUGACCUUGAGCCUCGCUGAAUAAACCCCGUGUGUCACUGUGA